AAUAAUACCUUCGGUCAUUCCGGCAAUAAUAAUAGGCACUGGAGAAAAAAAGUGAUCGCCUACGUGAAUAAAACGGUUAACGAUAAGGGUGGUUCGUAGACGGUGGUAGAAGAGAAGCUUCUCAGCUUCUUCGGUCCAUUCUAUAUUCCGAGCUCUCGGUAGGUACGUGCACGCGCGAGAGUUUAUUAUCCGCACUCGAAGCGAUGAGAUUCCCGUACGCGUGAACGCACACUAUUUAACACGUAAUACAUAGACACUAACACAUACCUACACACAGAUUCGUGAUCGAAGGAGGGAACGCGUGCAACUUGCCAGCUGAACGAGAAGAAGUAGAAGAAGAAGAAGACGAAGACGAAGACGAAGACGAAGAAGAAGAAGAAGAAGAUGAAGAAGUGGUGCUGGUAGUAGCAGAAGAAGAAGGCAAAGAGGUAGAUGAGGAAGGGAAGAGAAGAGCGAGGGAGGCUGCGCUCCUAUAUGUAGCUCCGAAUCUUAGCCAGAGGAACUAUUGCGCCCGAAAUUGCCGAGGCGUACGCACCCCUGGCCCGUAAAAAACGCGAGGGUUUCGUGUCGCACACGAGACUCGCUUAUUUCGAUUUACCUCUUUAUUACUUUCCCCAUUCCCCAUCUUCUCUUUCGUUUUUCCUUUUUCCUUUUUAUUCUCCUUUUUCCUUUUUUUUCUUUUUUUCUUUUAAAUAUUCGAGGACACCAAAUCGCGUGUGUUGGUUCAAUGUGAGACUUCGUUCGAAGUUAGAAUGCCAUGGUUUGUGUGAUUCUUUGAGGAAAGAUCAAGUGGUGAGGAAAAGAGGGAAGACGAAGAAGAACAAAGAAUAAUAAGAGGAAAAGAAGAGGUAGGAAGAUAGUACGGAGGAGAAAAUGCCGAGGGCUUUCCUGAUCACUCAUCGCCGAUACAAUGGCGUCGAGGAGGAGUUCGAUACUUCCGCUGGAGGUCAAAGUCCUGAACGAGGUGUUAGGCUAGCCGAAUAUGGUAGUGCUCAGCCUACUUCCGAUGGUGCUAGCGAAUGCGGCAGUGAGACCUCCUCGGAAUGUCCGGAAGAAUUGUACAAUCUUACGAAACUUGCGGAAGUAAGCCUUGCUGCAGCAGCCGGUACCUUAAUUCAUCCUAACAAUUUGAUCUAUCAACGAUCAAGUUCACCGAGAUGUACCGAUCCUACGGAAAAAUGUAGCAGAACAGUUGUGCCCAGAACGAAGGAUCAUCAUCAUCAUCACCAUCAUCAUCAUCUUCACCAACAGCAACGUCUUCAGGAACGGCGAAAUACCUAUGAGGAAGAACAAAGUUUGGAAAGGACGAGAUUCUUCUUCGAGAGUAUCGAAAAUGAACGAGAGAUGCUUGGGAUUAAAAGACUAUCGCCUUCACAUCAUCGUCAUCAUCACAGAAAUCAUCAUCAUCAUCAGACAAAUCAUCCCCGGGAAGAAACUCCCUUCGUGACGGAAAACAAAAUUGAACCACCUCCAAAGGCAACUAAUGUCAGCGAACCACCAAAUCCUACCGCUCAACAAGCUCGUAGAACUAUUCAGAGUAAUUUAGAAAAUGCAAAAAGCGAGGAUAACGAGGAUCACGAAUGUCCCGACUGUGGAAAAAAAUAUUCUACGUCCUCCAAUCUAGCCAGACAUAGGCAAACACAUAGAUCGCUCGGUGAUAAGAAGGCCAGGAGGUGUCCACAUUGUGACAAGGUUUAUGUAAGCAUGCCUGCCUUCAGUAUGCACGUUAGGACUCAUAAUCAGGGCUGCAAGUGUCACUAUUGUGGCAAGUGCUUUUCCAGGCCAUGGUUGCUUCAAGGACAUAUACGCACGCACACAGGUGAGAAACCGUUCAAGUGUACGAUUUGUAACAAAGCUUUCGCCGACAAGUCGAAUCUCCGUGCACAUAUCCAAACACAUUCGAACACAAAACCGCACGUGUGUGCUCGAUGUGGCAAGGCAUUUGCUUUAAAGUCUUAUCUUUAUAAACAUGAAGAAUCGUCCUGUAUGCGAGCGCAUCAUCGCUCCUCCAUGGAGAAGAACGAAUCGAGCGAACGAAAGACAACGUCUAACUCAUCGAUAACAUCCGGUAGAACGAACGAACCUGUUUCAACGGCUUUGGAUGCUUUGAAUGACUUGCAGACUACGACAACGACGGCAAUGGCCACGACGAGUACAACGACAACGUCUUCCUGUAUGACAGCUUCACCAACCAGCGUGAUCGUUCCACGUUUAGGUCUUCAACAUGAUCAAACCUGUCCACCAUCAGCAUUUUCAGCUAUCAUCAAACACACUGGUGCUACCGAGAAUGUUACUCCACCACCAGCUAAGCGUCCUUUCAAAGAACUUGAUGGGAAGUCGCAAGAGAUUAAAACCACUGAGAUCGUUUCCAGCAUGGUCAUUAGAACCUCGGUGAUAUCACCCAAUCCAGAACACUUGGGUCGAUUCAAUGAAGCUAAAAAACCUUCUAAUACCUUUGAUUAUUCUGAGUCAACGAGAACUUCGGCUUUCUCGAGACCCACAACGAUGACACUCAAUUUGGCGAUCGCGUGAAACAACGAAAAAAAAUUUCGAUCUUAUCGACUAGUUUCUUUUUAUUAGUCUCCUAUUUUAUUUCCUUUUGUUUUUAUAGAACGAAAUUGUGUAAUCGAGGUGAGAUCAAUUUUACUUUGUUUCGAUGCCAAAGGUGUGUCGAUUUCCGACACGUGAUGACGAAGUGCCGAAUUUAAAUAAUGAUCAACGUGCAUUACGUGAACGGGUAUUGUCUAAAGUAUCUUCCUAAUUAGGGACCAUGUAGAAAAUAGUUGUAAUUAAUAUUAACGUUCUAAGACAU